CCCACAACAUCGAGGCUUCAAAAUGGCGUCCACUAGAGAAGGAUUGAAUUUGCUCUAAAUCAUAAUGUCAAUGAUGAUGAUGAUGAAUGAGGGGCCUCCCAUGCUCUCUCCCACAUUCCCUAACCAACUCCCUCCAGGUGGUCCUCAAUCAGGGCCCAAUAAGGGCAGCAGGCCAGUAAUUAGGAAAACAGUAGAGUACCAUGCUACUGCACUACAUUACUUAAAAAACCGAUUAUGGCAGAGGGAUCGGAGGGACAAGCCUCUAAUUCAACCGGAUUUGACGUAUUACAAUGACGUUUCCAUUCCAGCAGGUUUGGAGGAUUGCCCGGUCAAUGUAGUUACCACAAAGUUUGUCAAAGCUUGUACUAACAAGACUCGCUCACCGAUAUUCAGCACUUCCUGGGUUCCAGACGGGCGGAGACUCGUUACUGGGGCAGCUAGUGGAGAAUUCACUCUUUGGAACGGAAUUAAUUUCAAUUUUGAGUCUAUUAUUCAGGCUCACGACUGUUCAGUGAGGACUAUCGACUGGAGUCAUGAUGGUAAGUGGAUGGUGACAGCUGAUGACAGAGGGUUCAUCAAGUACUGGCAGAUAAACUUUAACAAUGUCCAUACUUAUCAAGCACAUAGUGAACCGAUACGUAGCACCAGUUUCUCUCCAACUGAUGCUAAGCUUGCUACCUGUUCGGAUGACGGCACUAUAAGGGUCUUUGAUUUCUUGUCCUGUACAGAGGAGCAUAUUCUAAGAGGUCAUGGUGCUGAUGUCAAGUGUCUUGAUUGGCAUCCCAGGAAGAGUUUGUUAGCCUCAGGGAGUAAGGACAACCAACAGCCGGUCAAACUAUGGGAUGCAAGAACAGGACAGAGUGUUUGUACAAUACAUGCUCACAAAGCGACAGUGAUGGACAUCAAAUGGAAUAGGAAUGGUAACUGGUUAGCCACUGCCUCUAGGGAUUAUCUGAUCAAGCUGUAUGAUGUGAGAAUGAUGAAGGAGCUUUAUGUACUCAAGGGACACAAGAAAGAUGUCAACACUAUUUCUUGGCAUCCGGUACACGAGAAGGUUUUUGCUAGCGGAGGCUCGGAUGGGGCAAUCCUAUUCUGGCUGGUUGGUAACGAACGUGAGAUUGGCGGAAUGGAAUCAGCUCAUGAAGGUUUCGUGUGGAGUCUGGCCUGGCACCCAUUAGGACACCUUUUGUGUUCCGGAGCUAACGACCAUACAUGCAAGUUUUGGUGUCGGAACAGACCUGGGGAAGAGCUCAAAGAUAAAUAUAAUUCAUAUCACAAUCCGUUUUACAUGGGAGACGACAUAGAAAUAUCCGGCGGUCUCCCUGGCAUGAAUAUCAUGGAGCCUCAGAGAGGAGGGAUCGGAGCACCACUCCAUUUAAUGCCCCCUCCACCUUCCAGGGAUGCUGUAACUCUUCCGCCUCCCUCUGCCAUGUCACCAUGGAGACAAGGGGGUGGGGAAAGUGGUUUACAUGCUCUGCCUGGACCUAGAGUGGAUAUACCUGUACUUGGAGCUGAUAUAAUAGCACAAACCUUUGAUGAAAAAAAUAAAGAAGACGUUUUGGAUGGAAAUAAGACUUUCGAAAAUCAAGAGUUACCCUCACCUGUUCCUCCCGGUGGCCCGAGACCACUUUUGGGCCCCCCAAGGGGUUUCCAUGAUGAUCAGAAUGAAUCUUGGGAGAGACCAGGUCCUUUUGGUGGGCCACACCCACCCCAUCCUCCGGAAGAAAUGGGAGGCGGUCGCUAUAAUUGGCAUCGGUUUGAUUAUCACCCGAGAAGACCUUCAUUUGAUGAGGAUCGGUGGAAUCCAAACCCGUUUGUAUACAGACGUGAGCCUAAUGGUCCACCAAGGGGACCUCCUCCUGGGCAACCUGGACAGAGAAGGGAUAGUCAAGAUUUCCCUGGUUAUCGUCCCCCUCCCCCUGAUGAAUUCAAUAACAGACCAAGGGAUUACAUUCCUCCUCCACCAUCAGCUCAAUCUGACAGACAGUUUGACAGGAUGCCCCCUCAUCAUAACGAUAGAAAAUUUGAGCGGCCCAGCCCCAUUGAUGAUAGAUAUGAGAGGCACCCUCCCCCCGGGGAUAGGUAUGACCUCCCGCCUUCUAAUGACAGAUCUUACGAUAGACAACCACAGUUUGACCGGCCCCCUGGAGACAGACAAUUUGAGCGUCCCCCUGAGGACAACAGAAAAUUUGAGCGUCAGUUUGAGCGGCCCCCUCCGUCAGGGGAAAGACAAUUUGAUAGACAAUCUCAGCAGUUUGAGCGACCUCCGUUUGAUCACCCCCCUCCUGAUGACAGGCAAUUUGAUAGACCCCCUGGGGGAGAAAGACGUUUUGAGCGUUCCCAGGGGGAUAGAAAUUUUGACAGGCAGUUUGAGCGACCACCGCCUCCCCAGCAAGGGGACAGGGGGCAAUUUCCACCGGAGAAUUACCCUAGGGGUCCGCCACAUGGUAAUGCACCAACACCUCUCAUUCCACCAACUGAGAUAAGCGGGGGUGGACCAGAGAACAGAUUCCCUCAUCAGGAAAGGGAACAUCCUUUUCCCCCUCCUCAAGACCCACGUCAAGCUCCACCCUCUUCCAUACAAGAUGAACGGAAGCCGUUCCAGCCGUCCGAUCCAAGACAAAGAGGCAGCACUUCCCGUGAUGACCGUUUCGGUUAUGGCCAUGCCCCUCUUAAUUACAAACCUCCGGAUUUGUUUCAGGAUGAUAGGCCACACCCACAAUUUGACAGUGGAAGUGGGCGGAGAGAAUACCAGCAAGAUGGUCCUCAAUUUAAUGGCCCUGGUAGUAAUAGGGACUCUAAUUUCGUUCAAGACCCUCGUCAGCCUCCUCCCCCUGGGAACUUCCCUUCUCAUAAGCCACAUCCAGCAGAUCCUCGGCAGCGUGGAGGACCUCAAGAGCCACACCCAUCAUUUGGCCAUGCCCCUUCUAAUUAUCACAGCGGGCGUGAUCAGUAUAAGCCUCCGGGACAAGAUCGUCAGUUUGAUGGGCGUGACCCUCGUUUCGAUAGAGGCGGAUCUAAUUAUCGGGAUCAUGAUGAUAGACGCAGAGAUCCUCCUGUGGGUGGGCGUGGCAUUAAGAACAGAGAUGAUCCCCGUAAACACGGGCGGGGUCCUGUAAAUGAGAAGGAUCCGCUUAUGAAAAAGCCGAAGAGGGAUCAGACUGGAGAAGCAACCAACGAAAAUUCACGCAAUAAUGCAUCAUCAAUGUCCCGUAAAAAACACUCUAAUUAAUUAAUUGUUAUUAAACUGGGAUUGUAACAAUAAAUCGUCUCUUUUUCACUUUGAUAAAAUUACUGCUAAUUCA